AUGAGUGGCAGUAAAAUAGGAAGUAACCGCAGCGUACCCUAACAUUUUCACCGUAAUCCUCGACGCAACAAAUUGAUCUCGCUUUUGGUUAUUUUUUCAAAGUACGCCUUCCCUCUUCCCUGCUCGUUGCCUUUCAUCGCUUUCGCUCUCGCUUCCCAAGAUGUCAGAAACACCCUUCUAUCCCCGGGAAAAGCUUCUUGAGAAGCAAAAGUAUUUCCAGAGUGUUCACAAGUAUACACACCUGAAAGGUCCAGUAGACAAGAUUACCUCAGUUGUCAUUCCACUUGCUUUAGCAGCUACAGCAUCCUUCAUGAUCGGCAGGGGAAUCUACAAUAUGUCCCAUGGCAUUGGCAAGAAGGAAUAAAUGGUGGCUGCUGUGCCAUUCCUGUGGAAGCUGAAGCAUAAAAGAGAUUUUUUGGAACAUUUUGUGUUUUUUCACUUUGAAAUUUCUUAUGUUCUGAAGCUAAUAAUUGGUUAGAUGCAGAAAACACAGCCUGCAGACAUAUGGCCUAUCCGAUCACUUGCUUAACACAUUGAUUUUUCUGUUUGGGGAAUUUUCUUUAUUGUUAUAAGAAAUGACUUCUUUUUCAUCAA